AUGUUCAACCCGCUGUGGACCUUGGCGACGCGGAGCGCAGACGAGCAAGGCGGGCCGACGUUCGCCUGCACCGUCCGGCGCGAGGACAGAGCGCCGCUCACGGUGCGCGAUGUCCUCAGCGCGAUCGUGCGGAAGAUGUACAAGAGCACGCAGUGGCUCACGGCGGACGACCCGAACGGGAGCUGGCGCUACGAGCAUGCGGUCAAAGAGCGACGGCAUCGGCUGGGCGCCGACGGGGACACGAUGGUCAACGUCGACUGGUACCCCAGGCGCGAGAGCGUGCUGCUCGAGCUGCACCCGACGGACAAUGUGGAUGAGGUGUUGGUCAUCUUAGGGGACCCGUCGCAGAACUGA